AUGUGCGAUGCCCUUGCAACAGCUGUCAGCCUAAAGCUUCAUUCAUUUAUGAAUUUUUAUAUGAUGUCGCUUCCUACAGGAGUCAAAACGAUAGCUGUUGUGAUGAAUUCUAAACAAGAAAUAAUGCGGCAAAUAUUAGGGGGACGAGAAAGUAAAGGCAAAAAACUGAAAUGGAAAUAG